AUGCCCGACACCCUCGAACCCGAUAGCUCCAGUUCCGCCACCACCGUUCAAGACGCCCCGCAAAAGCAGUCAUCUCAAACCACUCCGACAUCUCCCUCCCCGUUCGUGAAAGAAACACAUCAAGACUGGACAGAUGAUACUCUAGACGCUUUGAUGGUGAGCAGCAACGGUGUCGGUUUUUACCUCCCGGCGUAUAUGCUCCAAGCUCACAGUGCGGUCUUUCGCGAUAUCAUCUCCGGCGGUCUGACCGGACAAACUCGGGCUCAAAGCGACCCUUCCACCAAACACCACACUCUCGAGCUGACAGACAACUCUUUCGAGACUUCCUCUGUCGUCGCAUGGGUACUGCAAUUGAUGCAUGGCACGUUCGACACAAAUACUUUCGUAGAGGACCAAAAAGCCGAAACAAUACUUAGUCUGACAAAGGUGAAAUCGUUUGCCAACAAAUGGGAUUGUCGUUCAGUACUGGACGGUCUUGAGCGCGCUAUCAUCACGAUCAGCUGCGACAGCCAUACCGAACCUUUCAACAAACUUGCUCAAUUUGACAUUUUGACUGUGGCAUCUAAUAUCAAUCGUCCUUAUGCGGCUUAUGCGGUACUCCUCCAUUGGGAUGCACCCGAUAGCGACGAGAAGCGGGAGUACCGUUACUACGAGACGACAAUCACCAAGAAGAGGCCUUUCGAUGUUACUGUUCUCACACGAUUCGGAUACAGCCUCUUUUCGAUAGAUUAUAUUUAUGCGCUUCACAAGUCGUUCAGGCAACAUCCUAUGGACCAAAAGCUCUGA